UAUUUUUGGGACAGAGAGAGACAUAGCAUGAACGGGGGAGGGGCAGAGAGAGAGGGAGACACAGAAUCAGAAACAGGCUCCAGGCUCUGAGCCAUCAGCCCAGAGCCUGACGCGGGGCUCGAACCCACGGACCGCGAGAUCAUGACCUGGCUGAAGUCGGACGCUUAACCGACUGCGCCACCCAGGCGCCCCUCCAAUGAUUUUUAGUAAAUUUAUGGAAUUGUGACCAGAGGCCAAUCCAUCACUGCCAUCCAAUUUUAGAACAUUCUCAUUAUCCCUGAAAGACUCCACCUGCCUAUUUGUUAUGACUGUCCUCAACCCCAUUCCCAGACAACCACUGAUCUAUUUUCUCUCUCUUUUGAUUUGACUUUCUGGACAUUUCACACAAAUGGAAUGACAAAAUAUAUAUAGUCUUUAGUAUCUAGUUUCCUUCACGUAGAACAGGUUUUUGAGGUUCAUACAUGAGGUGUAGCAUGUAUCAGUAGUUGGUUCCUUUUUAUUGCUAACUAAUAUUCAUUCCGUGGUGUAGCUAGCCCACAUUUUGUUCACCAGCGGGUAGAUAUUUCUGCAUUUACCUUUAAGUGGUAAGACAGAUACUGUGGCCCAGCUUCCAUGGUAGCAUAAUGUGAAAUAAUUGUAGGAUCCAGCCUCUUAUUUAUACUUACGAAAAAUAUAUUCAUGGUAUGGAAUACACCAAUAGUUUCUGUGUUUGCCAUAACUGUGAUCUUUCUAUGACGCUCCCACAAAAAGUAAAUAGUCAACCCUGUGCAAGGAACAGAAAGCAUGAGUCAUUUGGUAUUCUAGGUUGGACUCGGAAGAUGUUUCACUCGUUUUUUUUUUUUAUUUUUUUAAUGUUUAUUUUUUUAGAGAGAAAGACAGAGGGUGAGCAGGGGAGGGGUAGAGAGAGAGGGAGACACAGAAUCCAAAGCAGGCUCCAGGCUCUAAGCUGUCAGCCCAUGAACCGUGAGAUUAUGACCUGAGGCAAAGUCGGACAUUUAACCAACUUGAGCCACGCAGGCGCAGGAAGAUGUUUCACUCUUGACAUUAAUAUUUGCGAAGAGACUACAUCUCCUUUGCUACCUGCUCUUCACAAAUGAUGCAUUUAGAGUGGGCGAAUUUUGAUGAUUGUUUUACUUAACAGUGAUAACUGAAGUACUCUCAAAAAUAUGAGUGCUUCCUAAUAACAUAUUUUAAUGACACACUUAACGUAAAGCAUAUCAGAAAUUUCUAGCACUGCAAAAGCAUUGACCUUUGGUUUCCCUCUCUUAGGAAUCAGGAACCUUGAACAGCCGCUCAGUCAGAACCCCCACUCACCCUGCUUUGUGCGGACUACUACAGCAAAUGCAUUCUUAGGUUACACUUGACAAUUUAUGCUUAAAGAUCCUCUUAGAAGGAUUUCUCCGGUUGAGUAGAAACCCUUCUAUUCAAAGUUGGCAGAUUCUGUGAAACUCAAGAGAAGACAAUAUGUCUCUUCAUGCAUGGAAGUUACUGCUGACAUUACACUUUCCUAUUGGGGAAAAAAGAGCAUUAAUAUAAUUUAAAGGUUGAUUUUAUUGACGACUUGGAAUGCAAAGGAUUUUAUUUUUAAAAUUCUAAAAUUUGAAAGCAAGAUAGUUUAGAUUAAAUAAUGUAGUUUUCCAAAGCUGAAUGUGCUGAAUAGAACUCGUUUUUUUUUCUUCUUCUUGUUUCUGCUUGAAAUACUGGAACAACUUACUGAAAUCCCUUGGGUGAGAACACUGUGGUUUUGAUGAUCUGUGAUUGGAUGAAUUAAUCAGUCUCCACUGGGAAGCCAGGCUUAAUGUGAUGGAAAUACCCUUGAACUUGGUGUCCAGAAGACAAAGGCUUGAGUUACAGCUCUAUUAGUUUUACUGUGACCUUGGAGCCAGAAUUCACAAUGACAACAGUAACCGUAACCACAGAGGUCCCCCCAAGGGGUAAAAUAGAAGAUAAUUCUGCCUUCUAUGAGUCCACAUCAGCUCAGAUUAUUGAAGAGACUGAAUAUGUGAAAAAGAUCCGAACUACUUUGGAAAAGAUCCGAAAUCAAAUUUUUAAAGACGAAGUAGGACGUAACAGCACAAAUCACAAACUAGAAACAAAGCACUGCCCAAACAUUCACAGCAGCUUUGGUUCUGAAAUGGAUCCCUCGUAUUGCAGUUUGCAUCUGCUCAUGGAAAGGAUGAAAGGAAAAGACCUGAAGCUCUUAGAAAAGAACAAAGAGAAUGAAGUCUUGAAAAUCAAGCUGGAAGCUUCCAGAGAAGCAGGAGCGGCGGCUCUGAGAAACGUGGCACAGAGGUUAUUUGAAAUCUACCAAACACAGUCGGAAGAAGUUAGAAAGAAACAUGAGGAUGAUAAACACUUCCUCAAGGUUAACAAACUUGAAAAGGAACAACAACUGAAACAACAUGUUGAAAAUCUGAAUCAAGUUGCUGAAAAGCUUGAAGAAAAACAUAAUCAAAUCACAGAGUUGGAGAACCUUGUACAGAGGAUGGAAAAGGAAAAGAGAACACUGCUAGAAAAAAAACUGUCUUUGGAAAACAAGCUGCUACAACUCCAAUCCAACGCUACAUAUGCUAAAAGUUGCCACGAUCUUCAAAUGGAGAUUGCCCUUCUCCAGGAGCAGACCUCUCAUCUGCAGUUUGUGAUUCAUUCCCAACAUCAGAACCUGCGCAGCGUCAUCCAGGAGAUGGAAGGAUUAAAAACUAAUUUGAAAGAACAAGAUAAAAGGAUUGAAAAUCUGAAAGAAAAAGUUAACAUACUUGAAGCCCAGAGAGAGAAACAGAGUGUGAGCAGGCAAUGGGCAGAGAGAGGGAGACGCAGAAUCCAAAGCGGGCUCCAGGCUGUCAGCGCAGAACCUGAGGUGGGGCUCGAACUCACAAACCACAAGAUCUUGACCUGAGCCAACGUCGGACGCUUAACCGACUGAGCCACCCAGUGUUUUGAAACCUGAAGCCUAGCAUAACGCUUCAUAAUUUACCAUCAGAAACGCGCUUUUCUUCCCGCCCGCUCAUCUCCGCUUCACUAGGGAGGCCCUUUAUACACUUUCAGCUACAGACCCAGGCUCGGCCGUGCCCCACCUCCCAGCAAGUGCAGCAAAGCCCACACGGGUGGCUGGAGUGCCCAAGAUGCCACAGCUGCGUCCACCUGGGCUCUCGCCGGUGCUCAGAGCCACCGCUUCCUUCUCUGUCAGAGACUCAUCAUUCGCUGCCUGGACGGGUCAGCUUUUCUACUUCAUUCUUCUGUGUUUCGACUUCCUGCCAUGCACUCCUGUCCCGAGGAAUACAGAGAUGCUCUGACUUCCACUAGAUUUCUUCUCCUCUCUGGGGGCUUUUCUCCCCCCACAGGGUAGCCCAGAGAAGAGCCGCACCACCAUACUCCCACCACACUGCCACACCGUUUCUCGCACCAUCGCGUUCUUUCUGCUUUCCCCAAACAAAUCACAAUAACGUGAAGAGCCGUAAAUACGUUUGCAUCUUAACUUUUGUAACCAUUGCCGUGUUUUGCCAUGUCGACCUUCCCAGAGGACCACUGUUCUCUCUGUCCUGGAGGUUGGGGCCUCGAAGCCUCGGGCUUUUCUUAGAUUUUCACCUUCUUUAGGUUACAUGUGACUGGUUGAUAAAAAUACUUGCAUCUCUGUGCAGCUGAAAAAUGCAACGAUUUUUCUGGAAUAAUUGGCUCAAAACUGGUUUCCCCUCCGGUGCCCAGUAACGGCUGGUCAGUUUCAAGGGGCCUCAGAUGAUGGGAUUCAUAUCCCUUUGAGCCUCUUCCUCCCAAGAAAGGUAUCUAAGGGUAUUUCCUCACAGCUUUGUGUACUUUUGGCAAACAUUUUGGCAAAUGUUACUUGAGGGAAUAUUUUUUCUUUUAUGAUUUGUAUGUAACUAAUAUAUAGUCAUUCGUUUCUAUAUAAAUUAAGAAAUAUGGAUAACCAAUAUAAUAAGAAAAUUAUGCAAACCUGCCAUCCAUGAGUCAGCACAGUUGUGUUAUAUCUGUUUUUCUAUGGGACUCUUAUGUGGCUGGCACAUAUGUGUGCAUAGGUAUUAAACAUAUAGACUAUUUAUGGCAUAAUAUGUCUAUAUCACUGUAUUUUUAUUUAUUUAAUUUAUUUAAUUUAUUUUAAAUUAAAUGUUUAUU